UUUCUCCUUUUCAGAUUUUGGCUUGCGGAGUGGACUCAAAAAUGAAAAACCUCUCUUAAAACUCGACACAAGACUGAACAGCGUCUUGCUUCUCUUCUUCUGUUCCUUAUCUCAAACUCAAACAAUGAUAACUCUUUCAAUCCCACACAGACUCUGCUUCCCUCCAACCACCACCACCUCCUCCCCUCACUCCCAAACCAAACCCCGAACCGUUACUUUCCAACGCAGAAGAAGAACAACAACAACAACAGCUUGUGCUGCCUCUGAGAACCCUCACCAACGCCAAAACCCCAAUCAGAAGAAGCAGAGAGACUCCAAAGCAGAAAACACUGCUGAUGGCGAUGGCGAAAAGGGCAUCGACCCCGCUGGCUUUCUCGCCAAGCGCGGCAUUUCCCACAAAGCGUUUGCCCAGUUCCUCCGUGAAAGGUAUAAAGUAUUGAAGGACAUGAAAGAUGAAAUUUUGAAGCGGCACGAGAGCUUCAUGGUUUUGGCUUCUGGGUUUGAGUUACUGGGUAUGCAUCGUCAUCCAGAACAUCGGGUGGAUUAUAUGGAAUGGGCUCCAGGGGCUCGCUAUUGUGCAAUUAUCGGUGACUUCAAUGGAUGGUCACCUACAGAAAAUUGUGCAAAAGAGCAUUACUUUGGUCAUGAUGAUUAUGGAUACUGGUUCAUCAUUCUUCAAGAUAAGCUGAGAGAGGGAGAAGAGCCAGAUAAAUACUAUUUUCAAAUGUAUAACUAUAUAGAUGAUUAUGAUAAAGGGGAUAGUGGUGUCACUGCUGAAGAGCUCAUAAAGAAAGCGAAUGAGGAGUACUGGCAACCAGGAGAAGACCGUUUUGUGAACCAUCGCUUUGAAGGGCCGGUGAAACUAUAUGAGCAGAUAUUUGGUCCUAAUGGACCUCAGACCUUAGAGGACCUGCCGGACAUACCGGAUGCAGAAACAAGAUACAAAGAAUGGGCAGCAAAGCAUGGCCCUUCCCCUACUGCUGUGAUUGAUAGUGGCAAGGAGUAUGACAUAUUUAAUGUGAUAGUUGAUCCUCAAUGGCAUGAAAAAGUACGUGCACUGAAACCUCCUGUAAUGUACUGGUUUGAGACACGUAAAGGUAGGAAGGCUUGGUUGAAAAAGUAUAGUCCUGGCAUUCCUCAUGGCAGUAAGUACAGGGUCUACUUCAACACUCCUAAUGGACCAUUGGAGAGGGUGCCUGCUUGGGCUACAUAUGUGCAGCCAGAGGCAGAAGGAAGGCAAGCUUAUGCAAUCCACUGGGAACCACCUCCUGAGGAUGCAUACAAAUGGAGAAAUACAAAUCCCAAAGUACCAAAGUCCCUACGGAUAUAUGAAGCUCACAUCGGAAUUAGUGGUUCUGAGCCAAAAGUAUCCUCAUUCAAUGAUUUCACAGACAAGGUUCUUCCUUAUAUUAAGGAAGCUGGAUACAAUGCCAUCCAGUUGAUUGGAAUUGUUGAACAUAAGGAUUAUUUUACAGUUGGUUACAGAGUUACAAAUUUUUUUGCUGUUAGUAGUCGAUAUGGCACUCCUGAGGAUUUCAAGCGAUUAGUUGAUGAGGCCCAUGGAUUAGGACUGCUCGUCUUCUUAGAAAUUGUCCAUUCAUAUGCAGCAGCAGAUGAGAUGGUCGGAUUAUCAAUGUUUGAUGGAUCAAAUGACUGUUUUUUUCGUUCUGGUAAACGAGGGCAACACAAGUAUUGGGGAACCAGAAUGUUCAAAUAUGGUGAUCCUGAUGUUUUGCAUUUCCUUCUAUCAAACUUGAAUUGGUGGAUUAUGGAGUAUCAAAUUGAUGGUUUUCAGUUCCAUUCAGUUUCGUCAAUGAUGUAUACUCACAAUGGUUUUGCUUCUUUUACGGGUGACUUGGAGGAGUACUGCAACCAAUAUGUUGACAAGGAUGCACUUGCAUAUCUUAUAUUGGCCAAUGAAAUAUUGCAUGAUCUUCACCCAAAUAUCAUCACAAUAGCGGAAGAUGCAACAUUUUAUCCUGGAUUAUGUGAGCCAACUUCUCAAGGUGGAUUGGGAUUUGAUUACUAUGUCAACCUUUCUGUGUCUGAUUUGUGGUCAACUUUUCUUGAGAGUGUUCCUGAUCAUGAAUGGAACAUGACUAAGAUUGUUAACACAUUAAUUUCAAAUAAAGAAUAUGCUGAUAAGAUGCUUAUGUACGCUGAAAAUCACAACCAGUCCAUAUCUGGAAGGCGAUCAUUUGCAGAAAUAUUGUUUGGCGAAUUAGACAAGAAUUCACAUCACUAUAAGGAAUCUUUAUUGAGGGGAUCUUCAUUACAUAAAAUGAUCAGAUUGAUCACGUUAACAAUUGGUGGUUGUGCCUAUUUGAACUUCAUGGGUAAUGAAUUUGGGCAUCCAAAGAGAGUUGAAUUUCCAACAUCAAGCAACAAUAACUCAUAUUUGCUUGCUACUCGUCAGUGGGAUCUUUUGGCCAAAGAUGGAGUUCACCGUGAUUUAUUUUCCUUUGAUAAGGACAUGAUGAAGCUGGAUGAAAAUGAGAGAGUGCUCUCACGAGGUUUUCCAAGCAUUCAUCAUGUUAAUGAUAGUUCAAUGGUCAUAGCUUACAUCAGAGGUCCCCUUCUCUUUGUUUUCAAUUUUCAUCCAAAAGAUUCUUAUGAUAGUUACAGCAUAGGAGUAGAAGAGGCCGGGGAGUAUCAAAUUAUUCUGAACACAGAUGAAAUAAAGUAUGGAGGUCAAGGGAGCCUUAAAGAAGACCAAUAUUUUCAAAAAACUAUCAGCAGAAGAGUUGAUGGCCCUCGAAACUGCUUAGAGGUGUCACUACCCAGCAGAACUGCUCAGGUUUACAAGUUAAGGCGGAUUUUGAGAAUAUGAGGCACACUGCAUCUGUGGAGUAUCUUUCAGCCAGAAUUUCAUGACAAUUUACCACUGAAUACUUUCUCUAGUAGUAUGUCUAGCAAUAUAACAAAAGUAUAAGAUUAAAUAUGAUCAUCAGCAUACAAGUACAUCUACAUGAAGGUGCAGAUGUUAAUUGAAUGAGUUGAUGGCAAGCCACUUUCUAAGGUUAACACAUGCUUUGUGGGUUAUUCUAUGAUCCAUGGGGAGGCUUUAGAGCAAUGAGUUCUAAAUUCAUACACAUGCAAGAUACUGAAAUAUGGCACUUCAUGUCAUAAUUAUAUAAACUAGGUUCAUGCUUGUAAACCCUAAUGAUUCAUGUACCAAAAAUGUGCUAGAUUUUGUGUAAAGAGUUGUUGAAUAGGUUGAUGAGAUGGUUUAUUGGAAGAAUUUAUAGGAUAGGAUUUUUUUUAAUAUUUAUUUUUAACAUUAUAUUCAUAAAGCAUAGAGAAGUGAUUAUUGACUGAAGUAGUUGCACUGGGACUGUUUUGUACCUUAAAUUACGGUUAUGCCUGAA